AAGUUUCUGAUUGUCACGCCAUUCACUAUGUCAGGCACCGCAAGGGGCGGUCUCACGGAGCAGUAUCAACGAAACACAAUAAUCACCACAGCUCGCAGUUUUCCUUAUAUCACCACUCGUGUGGAAAUUGUUGCUCACGAGGAUGUUGUGCUUUCGCCGGUGGAAGUGGCUCUUCGUGAUGUUCUUAAGCGAAAUCAGCAGUUGACACAGGCCCUGGCAGUCCGUCCGCUCGACGCAAAAUUUCUGCAAAUGGUUCUACAGGGUUGCGUGAGCACGACUGUGAAUCGAGGCCCACUGGAAGUUGCAAAAAUGUUUCUUGGACAAUCUAGCCCCAGUUCUACCACGAAUGCCGAGGACACACUGCGUAUAAAAAACAGCCUUCGCAUUUCUCUCAAAGAAUUUUUACGCAAGUAA